AUGAUAAAACAUCCUAUACUAUUAUGUUUGGACCAUAAAUGUGGAGAAGAUUAUAAACUUCAUUUUAUCUUCAGACAUAAACAUCCCAAAACUGGAGUUUUUGAAGAGAAACAUGCCAAACCUCCAGAUGUAGACCUUAAAACAUUCUUUACAGACAGGAAGACUCAUCUUUACACCCUUGUGAUGAAUCCAGAUAAUACAUUCGAGGUAUUAAUUGAUCAAAUAGUUGUAAACAAAGGAAGCCUGCUAGAGGAUGUAGUUCCUCCCAUCAAUCCUCCCAAAGAAAUUGAUGAUCCCAGUGAUAAAAAACCUGAUGAGUGGGAUGAAAGAGCAAAAAUCCCCGAUUCUUCUGCCGUCAAACCAGAGGAUUGGGAUGAAAAUGAACCUGCUGAAAUAGAAGAUUUAAGUGUUACUAAACCUGAUGGCUGGCUUGACGAUGAACCAAAAUUUAUCCCAGAUCCUAAUGCUGAAAAACCUGAUGACUGGAAUGAGGACAUGGAUGGAGAAUGGGAGGCACCUCGUAUUCCUAAUCCAGCAUGUCGAGUUGGGUGUGGAGAAUGGAAACCUCCCAUGAUAGACAACCCAAAAUACAAAGGAAUAUGGAAACCUCCAAUGAUUGAUAAUCCUAAUUACCAGGGAAUCUGGAGUCCUCGAAAGAUUCCUAAUCCAGAUUACUUUGAAGAUGAUAAUCCAUUUCUUCUGACUUCUUUCCGUGCUCUUGGCUUAGAGCUUUGGUCUAUGACGUCUAAUAUCUACUUUGAUAAUUUUAUUAUUUGCUCAGAAAAAGAAAUAGCAGAUCACUGGGCUACAGAUGGUUGGGGAUGGAAAAUAAUGAUAGCAAGUGCUAAUGAGCCCGGUGUAUUUAAGCGGUUAAUGGCUGCUGCUCGAGAACGCCCAUGGCUUUGGUUGAUUUAUCUUGUGACAGCAGGGCUGCCAGUAGUACUAAUUACUGCAUUCUGUUGGCCAAGGAGAGCAAAGAAAAAAUACGAAGACACAGAGUAUAAAAAAACUGACAUAUGUAAACCACAAACAAAGGGAGCCCUAGAACAAGAAGUGAAGGAAGAGAAAGCAGCCCCGGAGAAGCCGAUAGACUUAGAAGAGGAAAAAAAGCAAAGUGAUGGUGAAAUUCUUGAAAAAGAAGAGGAAGGUGAACCUGAGGAAAAAAGUGAAGAAGAAGUUGAAAUCAUAGAAGCUCAAGAAGAAGGUAAUAAAGCAAAUAAGUCUGGAUCAGAAGAUGAGAUGAAAGAAGCAGAUGAGAGCACAGGAUCUGGAGAUGGGCCAACCAAGUCAGUACGCAAAAGAAGAGUACGAAAGGACUGA